AUGGAAAAAAUUCCUAACGAGGAAGUUGUGGAAGGAAGCUCCAUGGUGCUAAGAUGUAUUGCGGCAGGAUAGUAAGUAUUGUUUAACGCAUCUCAGAGAGGCACUUCCAAUUUUACUAUCAAAUAAUGCACGUCUUCUACUUGUAAAUAAUAAAUGUACCUGUAGACAUUUAGGGAGAAUAGUUUAGAACUGAUAGAGCUAUCCAGUAUAAAUAAAGUCUGCUUAGUUUAGGUUUCCUCCUGCAGUAACACUGGAUCAAUAAGAGAUGGUACUCACUGGACAUCUAGAGAAAACAAUUUAGAACUGAUAGAGCUAUCCAGUAUAAAUAAAGUUAGUUUAGUUUAGGUUUCCUCCUGUAGGAACACUGGAUCAGUACGAGAUGACUCUUACUGGACCUCUAGAAAGAACAGUUUAGAACUGAUGAAGCUAUACAGUAUAAAUAAAGUUAAAUUAGUUUAGGUUUCCUCCUGUAGGAACACUGGAUCAGUACGAGAUGACUCUUACUGGACCUCUAGCAAGAACAGUUUAGAACUGAUGAAGCUAUCCAGUAUUAAAAAAGUUUGUUUAGUUUAGGUUUACUCCUGUAGGAACACUGAAUCAAUACGAGAUGACUCUUACUGGACCUCUAGAAAAAACAGUUUAGAAAUGACGAAGCUAUCCAGUUUAUAAUAAAGUUAGCUAGUUUAGGUUUCCUCCGGUAUAGGAACACUGAAUCAAUAAAAGAUCGUUACUGGACCUCUAGAGAGAACGAAAGAGAAGACCUCUAGAAAAUUUCAAACGCAUUAAUAAUUCUCAUGAAUUAGCCAACAAUAUUGCUUUAUUUUUCGCAUAUGAUAAUUCUGGACAUCUGGUGAAGUAUAUUCGAUCCAGUUCUGAGAUCAAAAUUAAUUCAGUCCUAGGACCGGAUCAAAAUUAAUUCACCUCAUUUUAAGCAGUGAUUUAUUCGUAUGAGAUCCAAUUCGAAACUGGACUAGAUUUCAAGUUCUCGCAUUUUGAUCCAGAUUAGAACUGAUAGAGACACCCAUUGCACUCAGUCUUACAUAUAACAUUUUGCUUCUAUUUCUAUCAGUCCAACACCGACAUAUCGAUGGAAGAAAACAGACCUCGUGGGGGCAACAAGCAAUGUGUUCGAUAAGGUGAACGGCGUGGUGUUGUCACUCUUUAAUAAAGUUUUAACUAUUAAAAGUAUCGAGAAAAACCGACAUGCCGGGACAUAUACAUGUCAUGCAAUCAUUGAUGAUGGCGGAGCUCAGAAAACGGCAAAGGAAAGCAGCACGAUCACCAUAAGAGGUAGGAGAAUAUGA